CGGGGAAGGAGUAACAGUAGUGGAAAUGGACGAAUGCGGACGGGCGCACAGUACGGAAUCGGUGCUAUCGCGGCCGUUUCAGGAGUUUUGGGUGUACAUUAUUACCUCAGCCGGCUGUUCACGGAACCGAAUCGAAAACCUUCCCUUUGGAAAUUUGAAGCUGUUUCGGCACUUUCCGAGUCGUCUAGCAGCCGCCGCAAACAGCUCAACUUCAUCGCAGACGCCGUAGAAGUGUCGGCACCGGCGGUGGUCUAUAUCGAGAUACGGGACCUUAAGCACGUGGAUUUUUUCACCCGCGAACCGGUUACCGUGUCGAAUGGAUCCGGGUUUAUCGUCGACUCGGACGGUCUCAUUCUAACGAAUGCCCACGUCGUCAUCAGUAAACCGUAUACGAUGGUCACAGUGAAGCUUUCAGAUGGAAGGGCCUUCCCCGGAAAGGUCGAGUACGUCGAUCAGAGCUCGGAUCUAGCUACGGUGCGUAUCCAGUGCCGAAAUCUGCCAACCCUAAAAAUGGGUCGCUCCAGUGAUCUGAGGCCGGGCGAGUGGGUGAUAGCGCUAGGCAGUCCGUUGGCCCUCAGCAACACGGUUACGGCCGGUGUGGUCAGUACGACGCAUCGUGCCUCCCAGGAGCUUGGCUUACGGGGCCGGGUCAUCAACUACAUUCAAACCGAUGCAGCCAUCACGUUCGGCAACUCGGGCGGCCCACUCGUCAACCUGGACGGCGAAGCCAUCGGCAUCAAUAGCAUGAAGGUGACAGCAGGCAUCAGUUUUGCGAUUCCCAUCGAUCACGCUAAGGAGUUUCUGCAAAAUAUUGCCGAAAAGUCAGCGGAUAAGCGGCUGGAACAGGCGAAUGGAUCCGUUGGGCGACGCUACCUUGGCCUCACGAUGCUUACCCUGACACCGGCCAUCAUGGCAGAAUUGCAGCAAAAAAGCCACACCUUUCCGCCGAAUUUUCACGGUGGCGUUCUCGUAUGGAAGGUGAUCCAUGGAUCGCCGGCACACGCUAACGGUAUAUGUCCAGGUGACGUCAUCACUCAUAUCAAUGGCAAAGAAAUAUCAACGUGUGCCGAAAUGUAUGACAUCCUCGGAGGAAAGGACCAAACCCUAGCCAUCAACAUUUUCCGUGGGCAUAAAACUUUCACUGUGCAGGUCCGACUAGAGUAAUGGUUUGGUUUAUUCGGCAACAACAAACGCCGAGCGGUCGUGGCCUCCAAGAAAGAUCUCGUCCAUUGCUUGCGGUCGCACCAUCUCAAACGGGUCUCUCACGUCCUCACGACAGCCUAAGGAGACUUUGCGAGCUGGUUCGUCAUCCGCCUUUCUGAUGGCAUAACCAGCCCAUCGGAGCCUGGCAAAUCGUAUAUGCUGCACGACAGUAAGGUAUUCAUACAGCGCAUGCAACUCCCUGUUGUAGCGGUUCCUCCUCCUUCCUCGCGAACGUGGCUAAGAGGGUUUCAUCAGUUUUAGACAGAGCGUAUGUCUUAGACGUGUGUGUGAGAGUACUACGAUUAAAAAGGUUCUGAAUUCGACCCCAGCUACGACCGCCUCAACACGAGAUAUGAGCGAAAUAGUGUCAUCAGAUUGUAGAAUUACUUGUUGGGUGCUAGCAAUAUAGGUCGAAUCUCUUCCGUUAUGACGUUGUUAGUGUUAACCUUUGAACUUAGAUUGGCAAAAUUUUAAAAGCUAUUAGUAUGUAAACCAUACUUACUAGACUAGAGUAAUAUAAAACGAUAAAAUGCCCAUAAUGAGUUCAAUGCAACAAACACUGUGAGUUGAUUUAUCCAAGAAGCAUUCAUUUAAUAACGUAAAAAGAUCUAUCCAUGGUACAGCAGUACGCAUUCACAUACAAAGAUUGCCCUCUAAAAAAUCACAUCACUAUUCGUCGUUUUUUUCGGAUAUACUACUAUUAAUGCUGAAUUGUAAAGCUGGUUAAACAAAUUGAAUCAACCUAAAGCGCCGCGCGUUUGCUAACGUGCGACCAUAGAGUAAAGAACGUAUCUGAUAGCUAGGACACAAGUAGGUAAAAGGUGGACGCCUUACCUGCCAGAGCAACAGAGAAACAUCGCACAAAACAUGUUUGUAAGAAACCUUUUGUAAAUAGACGAAUCUGGUUAUGCAAUGUAACGUAUUUUGCGACACCAUUCAAACCUGGAUUUGAUUGAUCCUGUGAGUACUGACUCAACAGACGACUCAACGCCUUUUCAAUAAACAAACCCCGGGAUUUCGUAUCUACUAUAAUCUCUACUGUUUCUAUAUUAUACAAACACUUUGCCUCUCACAUUGCGGGCAGAUCCAUAGUGUGAAUGACAUAGGGCAACCAAAAGAGUUGUAACUACGGCUCAGUGCGUUCUACUAAGAGUAACCAAAAAAACUAGUAGAAUAUCAGUAAGUGUGAUCAACAAUGUAAUAUGUCCUACGUUUACUAUCAUUUUGAGUGCAGUGCUUCCUCGGGAUAACGGCCCGGGAUGAUUGACUGCAUGCUUCCAAUCUCAUUUGUAACAUUAAUC